AUGCCUGAAGAUAUUGCCAAAUUCUUGAAGGAAGAACUCCACAGAACCACUGACUUUGUUGAUUGCAUCUGGGAAGUGCUUUCCGGUGAUAGUCGUUGCCGGAGGGAGCUGAUUCGCAAAAUCGAGUCCACACCCAACGUUGCUAUUCCUUUGAGUCCCGUAGCCACACCUGCUUCCAUUGCUGAAGAUGAUCCCGACAUACGAGACGUAACGGUCGACCCAGUCACUCCAGCACCAAACACCGACCAGCUCAUUGCGCGAUCGUGGUCGAGUGCUCGUGGAUACAACGAAGCGGCCGCCGACACGGAAGCCGAGAAUAUAGUCCAGCGUAAGCGGUGCCUCUCGAAAGAUGAUAUAAAGGACAGCCGUACCGUAAAGAAGCGUUCACCGCCCCUGCCGCCCACGGCAACUGCCAGCAAGCCAAGGCAGAUAUCGACGCAAGCGUCCACUGUCGAGACUAGUCGCAGAUUCCGAGGUCCUGGCCGGAAACAGAAACCUUCGGCGCCUGAUUUUAACGACGAACGAUUUAAUAAUAUUCUCGAGCAACUCCGAAGAGAGAUUGCGGAGUAUACUUUAGCUAAUGGUCUCCAGGAUGCUUGGAGAGUGGUGGACGCCCUCCGCUGGCCAAACCCGGAGGCUGUAAAACUUGACGAGUCAAUCUCAAGGAUUCGGCAUCUGCAGUGUCAGAUACAGCGCUGUGAUAUACCGGACGCAAAAGAUAACAGCUUGCCAACUCUGUUGACGAUCCAGCAACGAUUCUAUAUGGUCCAGUUGAUGGCCGAAUACCAGAAGGCACUAGAAGAAAAACACAAGGGAGACAAAUUUGGCGCUCUUAAAUGGUUUCAGAGGGAAGUUUACCCCGACCAGAACUCGAAACAACGGCAGAAAAGCUGGGACUACUUCCGUCGGACCGCAGAACCCCUCUUUGAAGCGGUGCGACGGUAUGGUUACGGCGUUCUUAUUUUCCCACUUCGUAACGUGACGAUGAAAAGUUUGCACUGUCUUCGGCGUGAGUCCAUCAGUGACGUCCUUGACUAUAUUCAAAAUGGGGCUGCGGAUUCGUGGACGAAUUCCAAACCACUGAUUAAGAUAGCGGGUGGUGAAGGGACGGUCCCGUACGAAAAACUUGAUCGCGAUCAAGAUUGCUCUCGGUCAUUGACGCGAAGUAUGUUCAUGUGGCUCAGGGACGCAGAUGGUUACCCUGUUGCUGAGCAAGCCAUUCGCGAGCAUGUGUGGAUUGCUGAUGAAUCAAGCUCAGACGAAGAAAGUGAUAUACUUGAAGAAGGAGAGGGUGGCUCAAACGUAGGUAAAAACGUUGGACCGUGGCUAGCAAAGGGAACUACGACCCGAAGCUAUACAUUGUAG